ACAACUCUCUGUCCUAACUCAUAAGUGAUAAGUCGACUUUUGACGGAAGCCGGAAACCGAAAUAAUUAAAUAAUUUUUGUGGGAGUUUUUUUUAGUUAUCGCAUAUUCCAUUUUAAUUAUAGAGACUAAUUGUAUAUUUCAUUUCGACAGUGUGCACUACAUUAAACACAAAUUGUGAACGUAUUACAUACAAAGUAUCUAGAGCAAUUAAUUAAACAUUAUGUUGGUAUUAGUCCUUGGUGAUUUGCACAUUCCACACCGUUGCAGUAGCUUACCUGCCAAGUUUAAGAAGCUGUUGUUGCCUGGUCGUAUACAACACAUUCUCUGCACUGGUAAUCUAUGUACUAAAGAGUCAUAUGACUAUUUGAAAACACUUGCCAGUGAUGUACAUGUUGUUAGAGGAGAUUUUGAUGAGAACACCACAUAUCCAGAGCAAAAAGUUAUAACAGUUGGUCAGUUCCGAAUUGGUCUUAUUCAUGGUCAUCAAGUUGUGCCAUGGGGAGAUGAAGAAUCUUUAGCUUUAAUACAGCGUCAGCUAGAUGUAGAUAUAUUAAUCUCAGGGCAUACCCACCGGUUUGAGGCCUAUGAACAUGAAAAUAAGUUUUAUAUAAAUCCUGGCUCAGCAACUGGUGCAUACAAUCCUAUGUUCAGAAAUGCCACUCCAUCAUUUGUGUUAAUGGACAUCACUAGCUCGACUGUUGUGACAUAUGUGUAUAAACUGCUUGGUGAUGAAGUGAAAGUAGAAAGAAUUGAAUAUAAGAAAGCUUAAACAGUUAUAUUUUGUAAUCUUAAGAAUAAUAGAUUAAGAAAUGGAAAUCUUUAUUCAAAUGUAAUCAAAUUUUAUUUACUGAUAUAUGAAUUAUUAUUUUUAUUUAAGGUUGGACUAGUUCAUAUGAAAAAGUUUAGACAUGUUACCAACAUGGCAAUAAAUAAAAAAUAAUUAUAUGCAGGUUCAUGAAUAAAAUAAUAAUCUUGUAACAGGUGAAAUGUGGGCAAAAAUGCACUUUAAGUAGAACAAUGUCUAUAACGACCGUGCCAUCUUCACCUUACACGCGUAGAACUAUAUUAAAAAAUCAGUUCAUAUCUUUUUAUUGUUUCCUUUCGUCACUCAAAUACAAAUUGAAUUGUUAACUUCUGAGUUUUAGAAGCAACUUAAAUAUUAUGUUACUUAUGUUUAUCUAUAUUUAAAACGACUUGAUAAUUAUAAUGGCAAUACAAUAGUUUGUGAUGUUUAGAAUCUGUUGGUGUUGGUAAUUGUAGUAUAAUUUCAUUGUAUUCUUGAUAAAAUCUAAAAUCGUAAGAGAUUACUUCGUAAAAUCAAUUUUUAUUAUUAUAUCACAACAUUAUACUCCAACUUAAGAAUUGUUGACGAUUUAUGCGUUAAACAUGCCUUUUAACCCGAAAUAAUUAUGUUGCGCGGGGAAUUGGAUCUCAGGUACGUACUGUACAAAUAAACUACAAAGGACCUUAUAUGAAAUAAAUUCGUAAUAAACAAAGGCAUUUUUUGUUUAAAAUUAAAAUUAAAUUAAAUAACGCUACUAUAAAAGCGAGUUUGCAAAUUAUAUGUUUAUUGCCACAACAACCACAAGUGUAUGAUCGUAUACAAUGUAGAUUACAUGAAACCUAUGUCAUGGUCACAUGGUCCGUUUUAUAAGGAAGGAUUUCUAAAUACUUUUUAUAUUCCAUAUGAAUAAAUAUGUUUAUUUAU